AUGUUCCUGAUCAUCUGUCGUAAUUUGUGCGCCAAUCAUGCGGCUCACCGUAUCUUCAUCCUACUUUUGCAUAUGAAUAUUGCCGAUCUGAUCGUAACAUUUGAAUAUUUGCCGAAACAGAUUAUUCAUUCGAGUACCACCUAUUGGUACGGUGGUGAUUUGUUAUGCAAAAUAACUCGUUUUUUUGAUAUAUUCGGUGUAUCAUUAUCAUCCGCUGUUCUGGUCUGUAUGUGCAUCGAUCGUUGGCUCUCAGUAUAUCGACCAUUUUCGGUCGGUAUAUUUAUGGUAGCAAGUCAUCCAUGUAACGAGUUGCUAACACAGUGCAUUGCACGUGAUUAUGUCGGUCUCCUGGAUUCACGCUAUGUCUUAGCGUAUACCAUAGCUACAGCAUUCUAUAUCUACUUCAUACCGCUCUGUGUGAUAAUCUAUUGCUACAGUCAGAUUCACUAUCGCCUGAGGGCAUCUGAAGCAUUGCAGCACUGUUCAAGCAGGGAAUCAUAUCGGUUGAAAAUGCGAAAAGCUAAAAUGAAAACAGUGCGAAUGACUUGGAGCAUUGUUACUUUUUUCCUGCUUUGCUGGACACCGUACUACCUUGCUGCGACGUUGCAUUUCAUCGAUAUCGACUACAAGACCGGUCGAUCGCGGAAGAAUAUCGUUAUUCCAUCGUUUGUGCUAAAAAUCUUGUACAUGUUUGCAACCAUGAACAGCUCCUUUAAUGGCUAUGUUUAUGGAUAUUUUACAUUCAAUAUUGGCAGGGAACUACGUGAUCUUAAAGCAUUUUUAUUGGAAAAGUUUAUACGUAGUGGAAACGAUAAAGAUCCAGAACAGUUCAUCUACAAACAACGCCAUUACUGUUUUCAGAAAAUGAUUCCUCGGCCGCGUCGAUUUCGCGCUUGUUCCUCAACAAUUUGA